AUGAAGAACUUCCUGGCCAAUCUGCGAGCCUUUCUGGCAAUCGUGUUCUUCCUGACCUGUGGCAAUGUUGAUGCCUUCUGGCGUAUGGUCUGUGGGACUGUCCAGGUAGGUAGGGUUGACCCCAUCAUUUCGCCGGGUGGGAUCUCUGGACACUGUCAUACCAUUGCUGGACCCAACAACAUCAACACGACCUCGACUUUCGACAGUCUGCAGGCGUCCUACUGUACAUCGUGCAGCAUCCAAAAGGACAAGAGUGCCUAUUGGACUCCUCAACUGUACUAUAGGCAUCGGAAUGGCUCUUUCGAGGAAGUCCCACAUGACGGAACGGUGGUGUACUACCUGGACCGUGGAGUUGACGUUCCAAACAUGGUCCCUUUCCCACCUGGAUUCCGAGUCCUUUCUGGAGAUGCCGCUGCCCGAGCCUUUGACCCGUUGACCCUAACCUACGGAAACAAGUCCUACGCCGGCACCCCUGUGUCCAACCGAGUCAGCUUUGCAUGUCUGGAUAGCAGUGGCCCUAUGCCCGAAACCCCCGGCUUUAACGUGACCAAAUGCAGCUCCGGUCUACGUGCGCAAAUUCAUUUCCAGAGCUGUUGGGAUGGCGUCAAUCUCUACAAGUCGGAUCAAAGCCAUGUCGCCUACCUGUCUGGCAUGGACAACGGCAUCUGCCCACCUGAUCAUCCCAAGCUGCUGCCUCAUUUGUUCUUUGAAAUCAUCUAUUCGGUCAACAGUGUCAACCAAUCCGACGGAGGCAUGUUUGUCUUCGCCAAUGGCGAUACGACUGGCUAUGGCUUCCACGGCGAUUUCUUGAAUGGCUGGGAUCCCCAAGUGCAAGCCGACGCCAUCAAACAAUGCAUGGGAUCUCAAGCCACCAACGACGGCCAAAUCGGUCUGUGCCCUCCUCUCGCUGCAUCUGUGGAUCCCUACUUCAACGGAAACUGUCCUGAGCAAGCCCCGGUGGUCAACGAAACUGUCCACGGCAUGCUCAAAGUCCUCCCAGGCUGCAAUCCGCCCACGGGAGGACCACUCCGCGCGGCACAGAACACAUGUCCCGUCCAACCGGCGCUCAAUUACAUUCCCAACCAAGACUACAAGAACCGGUCGGUCGCGAUCCCCGGCGACAAGGUCGGGACAUGGCAGUACAUGGGCUGUUCAUUCGACACAGGCACGCCACGCCCGUUGGCUGGGAAGAGCUAUACCAACAGCACCGGGAUGACCAUCGAGUCGUGCACCGCUUUCUGCAAGCAGAACGGCUAUUUCCUCUCCGGUAUGGAGUACGCGACGCAAUGUUACUGCGCCAGUGCUAUGUCGCAGGUCCUGCAAGACCCCGUCACCUGCGCCACGCAAUCCUACAUGAUCUGUAGUGGCAACAGCUUCGAGUUUUGCGGCGGGCAAGGGCUCAUGCAGAUCUGGAAUGACACGACCUAUUCCGGGCCCUCGAUCAAAGGUGUCCCCGUCGCCGGAAAGACCAACCUGCCUCUGCCGUCUGGAGGAAAUGCCACGUAUCAGGGCUGCUUCAUGGAAGGCGUGGGAGCGAGAGCCUUGACCGGUACAUCCUACUCAAACAGCAACAACAUGUCACUUGAGACGUGUGCGGCAUUCUGCCAGCAAGGGAAUUAUGCAUUGUUCGGCACCGAGUAUAGUCAAGAAUGCUACUGCAGCAACACGAUCAGCACCACACAAGUCGGCCAAGGUAACUGUUCAUCCUUCUGCAGCGGCGACAACACCGAGUUUUGUGGCGGUGGGUCUCGCCUCUCGGUCUGGUCACUGUCCACAGCCCCUACACAGUACACCACGGCCAGCAGUACUGGAAGCUCACCAGCGACGUCUGCCACAGCUGUAGCGGCAGCGACGGGAAUCGCCUACCUCAACUGCUAUAGCGAAACAAGCAACCCGCGGGCGUUGUCGGCCGUGUUCCAGUCGUCCGGGGCCAUGACGGUGGACUUAUGCGCGAAGACAGCGCAGAGCCUGAACCUGCAGUUCUUCGGGCUCGAGUACGCGUCGCAGUGCCUGGCGGGCAGCACGCUCGACAGUCGGUCGGCGGUGCUCGCGUCGAGCAAAUGCAGCAUGGCGUGCGCAGGUAACGUGACGCAGACGUGCGGCGGCUCGAGUGCCAUCAGCCUGUACAACAACACCAUGUACGUGAAGCCGUUCAAUCCGAACCCGGCCAACGUGCCCAACCAGCCUGGCACGCAGUACGGCUACAUCGGCUGCUACAGCGAGCCCACGGGCGCGCGGGCGCUGGGCAGCACGGCCAACUACGGCGCGUACACGACCACGUCGGCCGCGCUGACCGUCGAGGCCUGCGCCGCCCUGUGCUUUGCAAAGGGCUACGCGUGGAUGGGCGUCGAGAACGGAAACCAGUGCUUCUGCAACGGCGCCGGUCUCAUCAACGGCGCCGUCCGCUCUCCUGGCGGCGACGCCGAUUGUGCCGUCACCUGUGCCGGCAACCCGCAGGAGAACUGUGGCGGCAGUGCCAAACUCAACGUCUAUCAGCUCAAGACCGGGAGUGCCAGGUAUGCCAGGUAUGCUACCCCGCCGGCGAAGCGCGGCUGGACGUUGAAGACAUGGUAG